AUUCAGCAUAUAUUAAGGGAUUGGAAAAUGCUAAGCAAGCAAAUGACUAUUACAAGAUCAUACCAAUUUGCAGCAAUCAUAAUGUAUAUAUUGGUCACAAAAAUAAGGGAAUUUCCCACUAAAGAAGCUUCUUGCAAAAUUUUCUAGAAUUCAGCACAUAUUAGGGAAUUGAAAAAUGCCAAGCAAGCAAAUAAAGUGAUUAUUGAAGUUUGAGAAUUCAUUCGAUGUCAUCAACUUAAGAUUAAUCCUGAGAUUCGCACCAAUAUAGGAAAUGAUGAUAAGUCCUCGUUUUUGUAGCGCCUUCUUCCACGUACCUGAAAUACGCUUUGGAACUCAAGAUAUAUGUAGAAAACACUGCCUGCACCCAUCAUGCAUCAUUGGCCAACAAAAAAACCCUAAAAGCCAACCACGAACAGUCGACGCGCUUGUUGUGAUAAAAAGCGGAACAACUGAAAUAGAAUCAUUCAUGUAUACCAACCAACCUGGUUUAUCAACAACAAAACAUGCAGAGGAAUUUUUCUAUGAAGAUGUUAAGUGUGGAAGGCUUAGUAAUACUCUCUAUGUUUGGAGGUCUGUUUAUGAAUGUUUAGAGAUAUGCAUGUACAUAACAUAUCAGCCCUGUCAUUUUUCCACGAGAAAGACACCUGGCAAAAGUUGUAGUAGUCAGAUGGUCAAGCUUUAUGAAGAUGUUCUCAAGCCAAUGAAUAUUAAGUUUGUUAUAAAACCAACAUUAAUUUAUAAGGCUUAUUGGAAUCCAAGCACCGCCAAUUUUAAAACCAGGCAAGAAAUUUUACAAGCGAAAGAUGGUAUCCGAAAAUUGUUUGCAGCAGGGAUUGAUAUUCAAGCAAUGGAGGAAAAGGACUGGAUAUUUCUCAGGAAUACACUAUGUCAAACAUCAAGAAUUUUAUACAACCCCUAUGAAGGGAGUGAGAGGGAGAAACUGGAUGCCUUUAUCAGACAAGAAAUAAUCUUCGAAUUGAUGAACUGUGUUCAAGAUGCAGACCAAGAAGCAAAAGUGAUAUUGUCAUUAGCACAGAAAAACAUUGAAACAAUGGUAGCAAGAAAACAAACAUUUCACACAUCGAGAAGAAUAAGAGCAUUAUCUUAUGGCAGGUCACAUUUGCAGCAACUUAAGAUAGAGACGCUAAAACAUUUAGAAACUUUGAGGUAUUAUUUCUUUCUUAUGAGGUCAUCUUUGCAUUACAUGCAAUUAAGGACAAGAAUCCAUGAUUGCAGGAGUAAUCGCAUGCUUCAACGUAUCCAUUACAAUCAAAAAAAUAUGCUGAAGCAUUUGCAACUCGUGCAUGAUGGUAAAGAGAAAAUCUUAAAUCUCAUGAACGAAAUACGGAGUAAAACCUAGUGCAGGGUAGAUGUAUCUAAAUCCGAUUAAUACAUCAGUAGCAUAUAUAGAAUUUCAAAGUGUGUGUAUUGUUGAAGUUUAAUAUGCAUUCUUUACUUUAUCUUGGUAUUUGUGAAGAUAUAGACAUCGAUACGAGGCUAACACUGUGAAAACGAGACUGUAAUCAAGGAACGCAGUGGUAAUUUGAAACGCGAAAACGGUCUAUUAUUUUAUUUUAUUUUAGCGAUUAUCGGUGAAUAUUUACCAAGUUUAAGAUCCGUAGGUCUUAGACCAGCGGUUUUAGUCCACGUAAUUAGAUUCUAAAUUCGUUCACUUCAGUUUUAUUAUUUGGGAUCGGAAAGGAUUAUCACGAAGUAAGGAAAGAAUUUGUUCUUUUCCCCCUUUUAAAGGCUAUAUAGAUAUCAGUAACAUGUUGUAAUGUUUCAUAAAACCGCCUAGAUGAAUCGUAUAGGCCAACUGCAGAGAAUUAAUGGAGUAACAAGAAGGAAUUGUAAAGGUUUUUAGCAACGAGUCGGACAGAUUUUCUGAAGUCAUCCAAUAAAUAAUAUUUGUUUUGGUUCAUGAUGAUGAGUAUUCGUUGAUCCGGAAUAAACAGAUCCCACACCGA